CCCAGUGAAGAGUGGUUAAUCUGUGUGCAAGGGAAAUAUAUGCAUUCGAAAAGCGAUAGGCACAGACACCUAUCCAGCAGCAGCAAUCGUCGUAUUUGCCAUCGUGGAAGUUUCACUACUCCGCCAAGACCGGAAUAGUUAAAAAGGUAAACUAAAUCGAAGCGUAGCGUUGUCAAGUUCAAGAAGACAUUCCAGUGAGUUGUGGUUCAGUUGUCAUAGGUGGGAAGUUAACAAUAUUUUUUCCGUAGAAUUCAAACAGUGCAGUGAGAAAGAUGGCUGAUGAAGACAAAGGAUUAGUUGCUGGACAUCCUCCAGCAGUGAAGGCUGGCGGUAUGCGAAUUGUGCAACACAAAGCUCCCAAUACAGAGCGACCAGCUAAGGACCCCGUGGAAGUCAUCGGCUUAUCAAACCCAGCUCCGAACUUGAACACCGGUGAAGUGGUGCAGAGCUCUGCAUCCAACAAGCACAACGAGCACUCGGUGGAAGCUAGUCAGGUGGCCCAUGCCCAGAAACCUCCGGCGCAAGUUCCUCAGAAGCCAGUGAACAAUAUCCAGCAGCCUCGGAAGUGUUGAAUCCGCAAUGUUUAGAGCAUGUGCAAUAAUUGUAGGGUUUGCGUCGCACUUUUUUUUUUCUUCUGAUCACACAUCGUUACCUUUUAAGGUAGUUGGUAUUGCAUUUUAAAAUUUAUAUGCAUGGGAUGUCACACAUCCCAAAAUGUUUUUUUCCUACAUAUUUUCUUUUUAACGGGUUUGUUAUCAACCCGUGUUCUUGUUCACAUCAUACUUAAAAAAAAAACUUCAAGCUUCGGUUUUGGGACGAGGUAAAAGAUACGUUUGCGUUUGCUUUUUUAUGAAUCGAAAAUAGAUAUAGAAUAUUCAACACACCGCCUAAUUAUUGUUGUAUUCUUCCAUUGGUUUUAUGCAUACAUAUUUCACAUGAGUCAUAUGUAAAGAGUUAUGACGUAAAGAACACUUCGUCAUUAAUUUGUGGUUUUAAAAGUGUAAUUGAUACAGAGAAAAUUGAAAUAAAUGCUAUUAAUGAUAA